UUUUUUGCUUUUGUUUUUUUUGUUAAAUGAUAUUUUUAGAACAUGCCGCUGGCCGCAAAUGAGCCCUGGUCCGCACUGUGGACACCCGUGCUCUAACGUUAUCCUGUUUACAUCAUAUUGAAUGUAUCCUGUUUACAUCGUAUAUGUACACCGCUUUUGGUCUAACCAGGUUUUUGGUGCAUUUUGCCACUUUUGACAGUGGAAACGAAAAAAAAAAAAAAAAUCUUGGUCUGCUUGGGGAAAAAAAGGCUUUAGUGCUCCAGUCCCAUUUUCUUGCCUAAAUGGUUUGUUCCUCUCGGCGCAUUGGCCACUUGCCUCCACCCCACCGGUGUCAGGGGGGGAUCAGCUGCACCAGUCCCUGCAAGUCACACACACACACGCACACGCACGCACGCACGCACGCACGCACAGUGGACCGGCUGGCAAACAAAGCCACUGGCACUGCCAUGUCUCCGCUCUUAGCCUCUCCCCCUCUCGCGCCGCCGUGAGGGGAAGGCAUGACACCACCGUCGCUGCCGCCCCUCGUCAGAAAAGGCAUCCGCUUUCUGGGACGCGACGCCUUUGGAGGAAGAUAAUAUACAUCCUCCGCUCCUGAGUCGAGAUGCUGGCUGGGCACAGUGAGAACAGCAGGGCCACGUUUGCCCUCAGCAAGCCGCUGAAGAUGAACAUGAUGAAGAGGAUCAUGGGGCGUCCGCGGCAGGAGGAGUGCAGCCCGCAGGACAACGCCCUGGGCCUGAUGCACCUGCGCCGCCUCUUCUCCGAGCUGUGCCACCCUCCUCGCCACAUGACCCAGAAGGAGCAGGAGGAGAAGCUGUACAUGAUGCUGCCCGUCUUCUACCGGGUGUUCGGGAACGCUCCGCCCGGCAGCAUGACAGAGAAGUUCUCCGACCUGCUUCAGUUCACCACCCAGGUGUCACGCCUCAUGGUGACCGAGAUCAGGAGGAGAGCCUCCAACAAGUCCACCGAGGCGGCCAGUCGAGCCAUCGUUCACUUCCUGGAGGUCAACCAGAGUGAGGAGGCCAGUCGAGGCUGGAUGCUCCUCACCACCAUCAACUUGCUGGCCUCCUCGGGACAGAAAACGGUGGACUGCAUGACGACCAUGUCGGUGCCCUCCACGCUGGUCAAAUGCCUCUACCUCUUCUUCGACCUCCCCCACAUGGCCGAGGCCCCCGUCGGACCUGCCCCGUCCCCGCCGCCUCCACCCCCGCCGCCCCCCUCUCAGGAGAAGACACCGGGCCCGGGCAACGCCCCCACAGAGCUGCCCCUGGCCGACCGCAGAGCGCUGCUCCAGAAGGUGUUCGUCCAGAUCCUCGUCAAGCUGUGCACCUUCGUGUCGCCGGCCGAGGAGCUGGCCCAGAAGGACGACCUCCACCUGCUGUUCAGUGCCAUCACUUCCUGGUGCCCCCCCCACAACCUGCCCUGGAGGAGGAGCGCCGGCGAGGUCCUCACCACCAUCUCCCGACACGGCCUCAGCGUCAACGUGGUCAAAUACAUACACGAGAAAAAAUGCCUGGCCACGUGCGUGCAGAACAUGCAGCAGUCUGACGACCUUUCCCCUCUGGAGAUCGUGGAGAUGUUCGCCGGCCUCUCCUGCUUCCUCAAGGACUCCAGCGACGUGUCGCAGACGCUGCUGGACGAUUUCCGAAUGUGCCAAGGCUACAACUUCCUGUGCAAUCUCAUGCUGAGGCUGGAGCAGGCCAAGGAGGACGAAUCCAGAGACGCCCUGAAGGACCUGGUCAACCUGGUCACGUGUCUGACCACGUACGGCGUGACGGAGCUCAAACCGGCCGGACUGACCACCGGUGCCCCCUUUCUGCUGCCCGGCUUCGUUCUCCCGCAGCCUUCUGGCAAAGGCCACACAGUCCGCAACAUCCAGGCCUUCUCGGUGCUGCAGAACGCCUUCCUGCAGGCAAAGACCAGCCGUCUGGCCUGCAUGCUGCUGGACGCCAUAGGCAACAUCUACGGCGCCGAGCCAGCCAACUACUUCAUCCUGGAGUCCCAGCACACGCUGUCGCAGUUUGCUGAGCGGGUGGCCAAGCUCCCUGAGGCCCAGGCCAAGUACUUUGAGCUGCUCGAGUUUGUGGUCUUCAGCCUCAACUAUGUGCCGUGCAAGGAGUUGUUCAGCGUCAGCGUGCUACUCAAGGCCAGCACCUCGCACAUCUGCAGCAUCACGGCCGUGCGCACGCUGCUCAAGCUGGCGCGCCAUGACCUGGUGUUCAGCGACGUGCUGAGGGAGGUGGGCCUGUUGGAGGUGCUGGUCAACCUUUUGCACAAGUACGCCGCCUUGCUCAAGGACCCGGCCUCGCAGCAGCAGCAGCAGCCGCCGCACGACAACGACCAGGCUGAGUGUAAAAACAACAGCGUGGCCGAGGAGCAGAAGCAGCUGGCCUGGCUGGUCAUGGAGACUCUGACGGUGCUCCUGCAGGGCUCACACACCAUGAACACCAAUGCAGCGCUGUUCAGGGAGUUCGGCGGCGCCCGCUGCGUGCACAACAUCGUCAAGUACCGCCAGUGUCGGGAGCACGCCCUGCUCAUCAUCCAGCAGCUGGUCCUCUCGCCCAGCGGGGACGAUGACAUGGGCACCCUGCUGGGCCUCAUGCACUCGGCGCCGCCCCGCGAGCUCCAGCUCAAGACGGACAUACUGCGGGCUCUGCUGGCCGUGCUUCGCGAGAGCCACCGCACGCGCACCGUCUUCCGCAAGGUGGGCGGCUUCGUCUACGUCACCUCGCUGCUGGUGGCCAUGGAGCGCUCGCUGUGCCAGCCGCCGCGGCUCGGCUGGGAGCGCGUCAACCAGAACCAGGUCUUCGAGCUGCUGCACACCGUCUUCUGCACACUCACGGCCGCCAUGCGCUACGAACCCGCCAACUCCCACUUCUUCCGAACGGAGAUCCAGUACGAGAAGCUGGCCGACGCCGUGAGGCUCCUGGGCUGCUUCUCCGACGUCAAGAAGCUUGGCCCGACAGGCGUCUUCCCGUCCAACUCAGAGCCCUUCCAGAGGCUGCUGGAAGAGGAAGCCGCUCCCGGAGGAGAGAGCGUGUGUCCGACCCUUAAACACUGCAGCAAGCUCUUCAUCUACAUGUACAAGAUGGCCACUGACUCCUUCGACAGUCGUGCGGAGCAGGUUCCUCCCUGCCUGACUCACGAGACCUCGCUUCCCUCGCCGUGGGGCACCCCCGCCCUCGCCAGAAAGAGACACGGCUACCACGGUUCAUCGGGCCCGCCGGCACCAAUCAAGCUGCUGAGUGACCUGAAGCUGCACGUGGCCGCCCCCUCCUCGUCUUCCAGCGAGAUGGUGGUCAUCCACCCGGGGGCCGUCCUUGCCAUUCUAGACCUACUGCCGUCCGUCUGCUCCGACAGCCAGCCUGAGCACGCCCUCGACCUGCAGCUGGCGGUGGCCAACAUCCUGCAGCUCCUGGUCAACAACGAGAGGAACCAGCAGGUCCUGUGCGAGGCGUUCCUCCAUCAGCGGCUGCUGCAGCGCUGCAGCCAGGCGCUGGGCGACGAAGACCACCCGCUGCACCCCCCACUGCAGCGCAUGUUCGAGAGGCUGGCCUCGCAGGCGCUGCAGCCGAUGGCGCUCAGGGAGUUUCUGCGGCUGGGAAACCCGCUGAACUGCGGCGCGUGGGACAAGAAGCUGCUGAAGCAGUACCGUGUGCACAAGCCCAGCUCGCUCAGCUACGACGCCGAGAUGAGAAACAGCAUGACCACGUCCAUGGAGGGCUUCGGGGCCGACAGCGUAUUCGCCACACCGGCCGAGGACAACGGGCAGUACCGCAUCAGCCGCAGCCUGGUGCGCUCGGCCGAGGGCAGCACGGUGCCUCUCACCCGCGUCAAGUGCCUGGUGUCCAUGACCACGCCCCACGACAUCCGCCUGCACGGCUCUGCCGACACGCCCGCCUUUGUGGAGUUUGACGCCUCGCUGGAGGGCUUCGGGUGUUUGUUCCUACCCAGUCUGGCGCCCCACAACGCCCCCACCAACAACGCUAACACCUCAGGGAUCAGCGACGGGGCGGUGCUGAGCGGGAUGGGUGCAGGGGAGCGCCUGUUCCCCCCUCCCUCUGGCCUCAGCUACUCCACUUGGUUCUGCGUGGAGCGCUUCAGCGCGGCGCCUCAGGCCCACCCGGUACGCCUGCUGACGGUGGUGCGUCGGGCCAACUCCUCGGAGCAGCACUACGUGUGCUUGGCCGUGGUGCUGUCGGCCAAGGACCGCUCGCUCACCGUCUCCACCAAGGAGGAGCUGCUGCAGACGUACUCAGCGGACGAGUCGAGCGAGGAAGCGUCCUUCUAUGAGAUCCUGCCCUGCUGCGCUCGUUUCCGCUGCAGCGAGCUCAUUGUGGAGGGUCAGUGGCACCACCUGGUGUUGGUGAUGAGCAAGGGCAUGCUGAAGAACAGCAUGGCCACCCUCUACCUGGACGGACAGCUCAUCAACACCGUCAAGCUUCACUACGUCCACAGCGUCCCGGGGGGCUCCGGCUCCGCCAACCCGCCCGUGGUCAGCACUGUGUACGGCUACGUGGGCACGCCGCCGGCUCAGCGCCAGCUCUCAAGCCUGGUGUGGCGCCUGGGACCCAGCCACUUCCUGGAGGAGGUCCUGCCCGCCGCCAACGUCACCGCCAUCUUCGAACUGGGGCCGACCAACGUGGGGAGCCUGCAGGCUGUCUACCCCCCCUGUAAGGACUCAAAGACGGAGAUGGCGCCAGCCGCCCCGGUGGCCCUGGUACCGGAGGAGAAAGUGUCGUUCAGCCUCUACGCCGUCUCCGUCUCCACUCUGACGGUGGCCAAGAUCAGGAAAGUCUACAACAAACUGGACAGCAAGGCCAUCGCCAAGCAGCUCGCCGUGUCUUCUCAUGAAAACGCCACGCCGGUCAAGCUGAUCCAUAACGCUGCCGGCCACCUCAACGGACCGGCCCGCACCAUCGGGGCCGCCGUCAUCGGCUAUUUAGGCGUGCGAGCCUUCUGCCCCAAGCCCGUCGCCACCAACCUGCAGUAUGUGGGCGGGGCGGCGGCCAUCUUGGGCCUGGUGGCCAUGGCGUCGGACGUGGAGGGUCUGUACGCGGCGGUCAAAGCGCUGGUGUGCGUGGUGAAGAGCAACCCGCUGGCCAGCAAGGAGAUGGAGCGCAUCAAGGGAUACCAGCUCUUGGCCAUGCUGCUGAAGAAGAAGCGCUCGCUGCUCAACAGCCACAUCCUCCAUCUCACCUUCUCCUUGGUGGGCACGGUGGACAGCGGCCACGAGACCUCCAUCAUCCCAAACUGCACCGCCUUCCAAGACCUGCUCUGCGACUUUGAGGUUUGGCUCCACGCACCCUACGAGCUCCACCUGUCUCUCUUUGAGCAUUUCAUCGAGCUGCUGACAGAAUCCAGGCAAGUCUCUUCUUCUUCUUCUUCUUCUUCUUCUUUUGUUUCCUGUCGUUCUGAGCGACAAAGACGCUCACCUUCUCCCCGCCGCCCCCUCGACAGCGAGGCAGCCAAGAACGCCAAGUUGCUGCGGGACUUCCAGCUGAUUCCCAGGCUGCUGCUGACCCUGAGGGACACGUCGCUGUCGCAGCCCACCGUGGCUGCCAUCAGCAACGUUCUGAGUUUGCUGCUGCAGGGCUUCCCCAACCCCUACGACCUGCUGCGGUUCGGUCAGUUCAUCUCUUCUACUCUGCCCACCUUUGCUGUGUUUGAGAAGUUUGUGGUCAUGGAGGUCAGCAACGAGGAGAAGAUUGAUGGAGGUAACGAUGACGACUUUGGAGGCCUCCUGUCGGCCAACCUGAUUCUGCUGAGGAACCGCCUGCUGGACAACCUGCUGCGACUGCUUUUCACCACCAAGGACAAGUGCACAGUCAAUGCACAGGCGUGUGAGGAGCUGGUGCGCACGCUGGGCUUUGACUGGCUGCUGAUGUUCAUGGAGGAGCACCUCCACUCCAGCACGGUGGCGGCGGCCCUGUGGAUCCUCGUGGUCCUGCUCUCCAACCAGUCCAUCCUCAACCGCUUCAAGGAGGGCCUUUGCGGCGGCGGCUGGCUGGACCACACCGACUCUGUCCUGACCAACAAGAUCGGCACGGUGCUGGACGCCGGUGCCCACGCCGGCAGGGCUUUCCGCCGGAGUUGGCCCUCAUUCGGUACGCAGAAAGCUGCGCAGUUUGUGCGACACGCAGCCAAGGGCUUUAAUGUGGGCCGCAGCGCCGGGGGCCGCUCCACCGUACGAGAGAUCAAUCGGGACGCCUGCCACUUCCCGGGAUUCCCGGUGCUGCAGACGCUGCUGCCCAAGCACACCAACGUGCCGGAGCUCUACUUCCUGCUGAUGGCGCUCUUCCUGCAGCAGCCUGUCACCGAACUGCCAGACAGCCUGCAGGUACAUUUUGACCUUGACUCCAUCUGGACCUUCAUCUUCGGCCUCCCGGCCUCCAGCGGGACGGUGGUGGGUUCCAUCCACAGCGUGUGCACCGAGGCCGCCUUCCUGCUGCUAGCCAUGCUGCGCAGCAUGCUCAACCUGCCAUGGCAGUCAGAGGAGGAGGGGUCCUGGCUCCGGGAGUACCCGGUGACGCUCAUGCAGUUCUUUCGGUACCUUUACCACAACGUGCCCGACCUGGCGCCCAUGUGGCACAGCCCCGAGUUCCUGUGCGCUCUGGCCGCCACCGUCUUCCCCUUCAAUAUGCGACCGUACUCGGAGAUGGUCAGCGACCUGGACGACGAAGCCGGCUCGCCCAUUGAGGAGUUCAAGUCCUUCGCGGGGGACUCCGGGAUGAACCGCAGCCAGUCGGAGUACUGCAACGUGGGCUCCAAGACCUCGCUGACCAACCACCCGGCCAAGAAGUACGUCUUCGACUUCAUGAGGGUCCUCAUCAUGGACAACCUCUGCGUGACGCCGGCCAGCAAGCAGACGCCCGUCGUCGACCUGCUGCUGGAGGCGUCUCCGGAGCGCUCCACCAGAACUCAGCAGAAGGAGUUUCAGUCCAACAUCCUGGACGGCGUCAUGGAGCACCUGCUGGCCGCUGACGUUUUACUCUGUGAGGACUCCACGCUGCCCCUUAGCAGUGGCGGCAGCUACCAGAUUCUGGUCCACAACGUCUUCUACUUCAGUCAGCGCGUGGUGGACAAGCUGUGGCAGGGCAUGUUCAACAAGGACUCCAAGCUGGUGGUGGACUUCAUCGUGCAGCUCAUAGGACAGUCCAAGAGGCGCUCGCAGGGUCUGUCCCUGGACCCCAUCUACCACUGCCUGAACCGCACAGUGCUCUACCAGCUCUGCCGCCCCCACAAGACGGUGGCCCAGCAGGUGGCGCUGCUGGACGCCCUGCGGGUGCUCACCGUCAACCGCAACCUGGUGCUGGGGCCGGGCAACCACGACCAGGACUUUGUGGCCUGCCUGGCUCACUGCUUCAUCUGCCUGCACGCUGGGAGCAGCGUGGACGGCUUCGGCCUGGAGGCGGAGGCCAGAAUGACCACGUGGCACGUCAUGAUGUCCCCGGAAAACGAGAACGACACGGCCAACAACCACGACGUCAGCGAGGGGCGACAGCUGCUGUUGAAGGCGGUGAACCGCGUGUGGACCGAGCUGAUGCACAGCAAGCGUCAGAUGCUGGAGGACAUCUUCAAGGUGUCUCUGCCCUGCAACGACAGAGGACACGUGGACAUCGUCACGGCCCGGCCCGCCCUGGAGGAGCCCGCCCUCAAGAGCUGGCAGAACCACCUGGUUCACGAGAAGAAGUGCAUCAGCCGUGGCGAGGCGGUUGCACCGGCGACCCAGUCCAAGCUGUCCCGAGUGAGCAGCGGCUUCGCCCUGUCCAAGCUGACGGGCGUGCGGCGGAACAAGAAGGAGAACAGCCUGAACAAGAACAGCCUCUCCGCGCAGGAGGCUUUCCAGUGGAUGUUCACGCACAUCGCCGUGGUCCGAGACCUGGUGGCCAUGCAGUACAAAGAACAUCAAGAGCGGCAGCAGAACGCCCUCAAGUACGUGACGGAGGAGUGGGCGUCCAUCGAGUAUGAGCUGCUGCGCGAGCGAGGCCUCUGGGGGCCCCCCAUCGGCUCCCACUUGGACAAGUUUGUGCUGGAGAUGACGGAGGGCCCGUGUCGCAUGAGGAAGAAGAUGGUGCGCAACGACAUGUUCUACAUCCACUACCCGUACAUCCCCGAGACGGAGAACAACGCCAACUCGGCACAGAAGCCCGUACGCUACCGCCGAGCCAUCAGCUACGACAGCAAGGAGUACUACAUGCGCCUGCUGUCAGGGAACCCUGGCAUGUACCAGCACUCGGUGGAGCACAGCACAGAGGGCGAGACCACGCAGCACGAGCCUGAGCACGGCGAGGACACCAUCGCCAGGGUCAAAGGCCUCGUCAAGGCUCCCCUCAAGAGGUCUCGCUCUACGGCGGACGGCGGCGACGAGGACAGUCAGGAUCAGAUCCAGGAGCAGCUGCUGGAGUCGGGCGGGCCCGACGAGGAGCAGCGGACCGACAACACGUCUCUGCUGCGCCUCCUGGAGGAGGGUGAGAAGAUCCAGCACAUGUACCGCUGUGCCCGCGUGCAGGGUCUGGACACCAGCGAGGGUCUGCUGCUGUUCGGCAAGGAGCACUUCUACGUCAUCGACGGCUUCACCAUGACCGUGUCCAGGGAGAUCAGGGACAUCGACACCCUGCCUCCCAAUUUGCACGAGGCCAUCAUCCCCCGAGGAGCAAGACAGGGUCAAAGUCAGCUGAAACGCACGUGCAGCAUCUUCGCCUACGAGGACAUCAAGGAAGUGCACAAGCGACGCUACCUGCUGCAGCCAAUGGCGGUGGAGGUGUUCUCAGCAGAUGGGAGGAACUACUUGCUGGCUUUCCAGAAAGGAGUCCGCAACAAAGUCUACCAAAGGUUCCUAGCGGUGGUGCCGUCACUGGCAGACAGUUCCGAGUCGGUGUCAGGACAGAGGCCCAACACCAGCGUGGAACAAGGGUCGGGCCUCCUCAGCACCCUGGUGGGUGAGAAGUCUGUGACUCAGAGGUGGGAGCGGGGGGAGAUCAGUAACUUCCAGUACCUGAUGCAUCUCAACACUCUGGCGGGACGCUCCUACAAUGACCUGAUGCAGUACCCCGUCUUCCCCUGGAUCCUGGCCGACUUCGACUCUGAGGAGCUCGACCUGAACAACCCCAAGACCUUCCGGAACCUGGCCAAGCCGAUGGGAGCUCAGACGGACGACAGACUGACCCAGUACAAGAAGCGCUACAAGGACUGGGAGGACCCCAAUGGUGAGACUCCGGCCUACCACUACGGCACACACUACUCCUCCGCCAUGAUCGUGGCCUCCUACCUGGUGCGCAUGGAGCCCUUCACCCAGAUCUUCCUCAGACUCCAGGGAGGACAUUUCGACCUGGCCGACAGGAUGUUCCACAGCGUGCGCGAAGCCUGGCUCUCCGCCUCCAAGCACAACAUGGCCGAUGUCAAGGAGCUCAUCCCGGAGUUCUUCUACCUGCCCGAGUUCCUGCUCAACUCCAACAACUUUGACCUGGGCGCCAAGCAGAACGGCACCAAGCUGGGCGACGUCAUCCUGCCUCCUUGGGCCAAGGGCGACCCGCGGGAGUUCAUCCGGGUCCACAGAGAGGCGCUGGAGUGCGACUACGUGUCGGCUCACCUCCACGAGUGGAUCGACCUGAUUUUCGGCUACAAGCAGCAGGGGCCACCCGCCGUGGAGGCAGUCAACGUCUUCCACCACCUGUUCUACGAGGGCCAGGUGGACAUCUACAACAUCAAUGACCCGCUCAAGGAGACGGCCACCAUCGGCUUCAUCAACAACUUUGGACAGAUCCCCAAGCAGCUGUUCAAGAAGCCCCACCCUCCGAAACGAGUACGCGGUAAAGCCAAUGGAGAAACAGCCAAUGUUCCGCCGAGCUCAACCAGCGACAAGAUCUUCUUUUACCACCUCGACAAUCUCAGACCCUCCCUUGCACCUGUCAAAGAGCUGAAGGAGCCCGUGGGCCAAAUCGUGUGCACGGACAAAGGCAUCCUCGCCGUGGAGCAAAACAAAGUGUUGGUGCCGCCCACGUGGAACAAGGCCUUCGCGUGGGGCUACGCCGACCUCAGCUGCCGCCUGGCCAACUAUGAGUCUGAUAAGGCAUUGGUGGUCUACGAGUGUCUCUCCGAGUGGGGUCAGAUCCUCUGCGCCAUCUGCCCCAACCCCAAGCUGGUCAUCACGGGCGGGACCAGCACCGCCAUCUGCGUUUGGGAGAUGGGAACGUCCAAAGAGCGGGCCAAGUCGCUCGCGCUCAAACAGGCGCUGCUCGGUCACACGGACGCCGUCACGUGUCUGACUGCGUCGUCGGCGUACCACAUCGUGGUGAGCGGAUCACGAGACAGAACGUGCAUCGUGUGGGACCUCAACAAGCUGUCCUUCGUCACGCAGCUCAGAGGCCACCGGGCGCCCGUCUCUGCUCUGUGCAUUAACGAGCUGACGGGUGAUAUUGUGUCGUGCGCGGGCACCUACAUCCAUGUGUGGAGCAUCAACGGCAGCCCCAUCGCCAGCGCCAACACCUUCACGGGCCGCAGCCAGCAGAUUGCGUGCUGCUGCGUCUCUGAGAUGAACGAGUGGGACACGCAGAACGUCAUCAUCACGGGACACUCGGACGGCGUUGUCAGGUUCUGGAGGAUGGAGUUCCUCCAAGUACCAGAGACCCCCGCUCCGGAACCCGUGGAGCCCGACGUUCCCGACUGUUGCGGCGAAGAGAAGCUCGAGGGCGGCGACAGACACAACGGCACCGGGAGCGCCGCCAACGGUGACGACGACAGCAGCGAGUCGGAUGGAGACGAAGCCAGUCUAAGUCAGGAGCACAAGACCCCACGCAACCCGUCUAGUGGUGGAGGAAGUCAGCCUGGCAGCACCGUGCACCGACCCCGAGGCCCGUCAGCGCGAGCGGGGGCGUCGUGGUCGAUGGACAGUGGCUCGGAUGAUUCUCACCGCUGGUCAGAUAGCCUCAGCAUCGACGAGAAGGACGGCUUCGUCUUUGUCAACUACUCGGAAGGACAACAAAGCAAAGGCCCGCCGCACCCCCAUGCGGCCCAUCACGGCCCCCCCAACGUCGUCACUCAGCUCCUGCACCCCCCCGCCGUGGAGUCGCGCACGUACAACCAGCUGAGGGCAGGCUACAGGUGGGAGCGUCAGCUGGUCUUCCGCAGCAAACUCACCAUGCACACCGCCUUCGAUCGCAAGGACAACGCUCAGCCCGCCGAAAUCACUUCACUCGCCAUCUCCAAGGACCACAGCAAGAUCCUGGUGGGCGACGGACGGGGGCGCGUCUUCAGCUGGUCGGUCAGUGACCAGCCCGGUCGCUCGGCGGCCGACCACUGGGUGAAGGACGAGGUGGUGGACAGCUGCUCCGGAUGCACCGUCCGCUUCUCUCUCACCGAGCGACGCCACCACUGCCGGAACUGUGGACAGCUCUUCUGCCAGAAGUGCAGCCGCUUCCAGUCGGAGAUCAAGAGGCUGAAGAUCUCGUCCCCGGUGCGCGUUUGUCAGAACUGUUACUACAACCUGCAACACGAGCGCGGCGACGACAAGAACUGACGAGCCCCCCCCUACCCACCUACCCUCAACCCCGCCCCCCCCCAACCUCAACCCCGGCCCAUGCAUCCUUGUCAUCAUCAUCCUCACGUGAGCGCUCCCCAACAAACUUGUGGAUAUUGUACAUAUGAGGAGAGACCUUUUUAACUUAAGCAGCAGAGAGAAAUGUAAGAUAGCGUCGUAACAACCACACACCACAGGAGGGCGCCACUGUGGAAAUGAAUGUCACUACUUCAUGUCACUCCUUAUGCAAAACCUGCUUCACUUUGCCCUCCUUUUUUUUUUUUUUUUUUGCCAAAUCAGCAAAAUGAUUUUGUUCUCGAAGACCUAAGUUGCUGCUUCCUGAAGACUGGACAUGAAAUCCUUUCAGGUUUUUUAUAUAUAUAUUAAAAAAAAAUCAUAUCUCUAUCUUUAUCUGCAGAUGUUUAACAAAGUGCACGUCAUGUAUCGUCCGUUGUAGCCGCGCCAUUUAGUUACUGUACAGAUUUUUCUACCAAAAGGGACUCUUGUGUAUUGUAGUUUUUGUUUUUAAUAUUUUGGAUUGUUGACUCCGCCCAGCGGCAGUAUCGCACGCCAUUCGUCCCCCCGCACGCCGGAGAGACAAAAGUGUACAUAAACGGAGAUGAAACACGUUCCAGAUGCUUGUUUGUGGUUUUGAUGUUGACCGGACGCUUUUCCGAAGCUUCUUUUGUGCCAAAAAUUUGACUGAAAAGGCUACAAAAUAAAUAAAAACAUGACAAGGUGAAAUUGAAGGAAGAGAACGCGCCACGUGUUAUUCUGGCGUCACCAUUAGAGGGAGGCAAAUCUCUUCCCCGGACCUCCACUUGAUGUUCGGUAUCAACACUAGCUUCUCACCCUAAUGCCACUUUUUUUUUUUGGCACAAACGGAAGCUGGUUCACACGAGGCAGCCACGUUUCCUCCAGGUGUUUGCUAAGAUCUGCCCUCUCCUCACACACGAUCGUUACGUGUAACGCCGUCGUACUGUAAGUUAGCGUGCAAUCAAACGUUCCUCAGCCGCACACGUGUUUUCGUUUUUAUAUGAAAUGCAGAGCAGAGUUUUUAACAGCAUUUGACGGCACAGACAGGAAGUGUACAAAGUAUUUAUGCAAUUUUAGUUGUUUUUUUUUUUAAAGAGGAAUACCAUGCAUGUCGGUGGCAUUACUUCCUUCUUUGCUGCUUUUGGGGAAAUGAGAAUUUCUCUGCGUCCCUCAACACUCCGGGUGGAUUUUUGUUGUUGUUGUUGUUUUCUUUCCGGAACAAACACGGACUAACGGAGAGACGAGCGAGGAAGAACAAAUGAAAAGGAUAUUUGCGCUGGCAUUAGCGGACAAUACUACAGUAUCUGGUGUGCAAUCUGUGAUAGAUGAAUGUUUCUUCUUGUAUAUUUGUGUUCACAUGCAACAAGAGAAAAAAAACAACAACAAUGUUGUAACACCUCCCCGUCCCCCUGCCGACCCAUCAUGGAAACAAGAUGUUACAAUAACGCAAUAGGUCUGGUACUUUAUCAUUUAAUUUCAAUAAAUACUUGCUGUUUACCACCAA